AUGGCCCCGAAGAAGCGGGCAGCAGCGCCGUCGCCCGUCCCCAGCGCGGCCACCGGCACGCCCGCGCAGGCACAGACGCUCCUGCGCCGCAGCAACGAGGCCCAGGCCGCCCGCAAGCGCUCGACAUGGAAGGGCCUCUUCUUUGCCCUGCUCGUGCGCGUCGGCGUCUUCUACACGCUCAUCGCCGCGCUCUGGCACUGCAGCUCGACGCCCUUCGCCUUUGACUACAACCCCCGGGACUCGCGGCAGGUCUGCCGCACGCUGGCCCAGGGCAAGGCGACGCUCGGCCCGCACGCCGCCGCCAUCUGGCGCGACGUCGAGAUGCACCUGCAGCCCUACACGGCACCCGUGGCGCCGUAUGUGCGCACUGCGACGCGCGUGGCACGUCCCUACGUGCGCUCGGCGCAGCGCCGGGGUGCGCAGCUGUGGCGCAAGCACGGCGAGCCGCUGCGCAAGCAGGCGCUGAAGCAGGGCCGCAAGUACGUUGACCCGCACGUGAAGACCGCGCGCACGCACUACCGCAAGUCGGUGCAGCCGCACCUCGACACCGCGAGCAAGGCAGUCAAGCCUUAUCGCGACAUCUACUCCCGCGACGUCCACCCGUAUCUCACCGAGGCCGGCGCUCUGUCGCUCGGCCUGACGCAACAGGCGUAUCACUUGUACAACAAGCAGGUGCAGCCGCGCCUGAUCACCAGCGCCAAGGCGGCGCACCGCUUCCACCGGCAGCACGUCGACCCGGCAGCGCGCCGUGGCUACAGUCUCUAUGUGCAGCCGCAGGCCGACCGUGUGCUCGCCUAUCUCUUCAACCGCAAGGCGCGCGCUGUGAGCAACGACGCCAUCAGCAAGGCCAAGACGAGCUCCGACGAGGCGCGCCAGCACGGCGAGAGCAAGGCAAAGGAGGCUGUCAAGGAAGCCGAUGACCCCUCCAUCAUCGACCGCCUGAACAAGGCUCGUGACGCCGUGACGGGCAAGGUGCCUUCGCACGAGGACCCGGUGCAGGCUGCGGCCCUCGAUGCCGAGCUUGCGGCGGAGCAGGAGACAGUCAAGACGGAGCUGGAGGCCUGGGAGACCGGCAUGCUCAAGCUCAUCGAGCAGGAGUACCGCCUAGUCACCGAGCGCGUGGCCGAGCUGCGGAACCGCCGCCUCGCCGAUCUGCCGGACCGCUUCGCCACCCUGACCGAGAGCUUCGUCGACGACGAGGUGGCGAGCGCCCUCGCGCGCCUGGACCGCACCUACAAGAAGCUCUCUGUCGACAGCAGCUCCGCCACACUGGCGGAGCGCAUUGAGAGCGGCAACGCACAGACGCAGGCGCAGCGCACGCGCCUGUCUCAGAGCCACGCGGCACUCGAGGCUCAGCUGCAGAGCUACCAGGACGAGCUCGACUCCGACGAGCGCGCCGCGAUUGCCGCGGGCACGGCCGAGGUCGGACGCUUUGCCGAUGAGGCAGGCCGUGCGUACGCGCAGGCCAUGAAGCGCGCCAAGUUCGAGGCCACAGAGGAGGAGUGGAGCGGCUGGGACAAGGGCCUCAAGGUGCGCGCCGAGAUGUUCGGCGAUGAGUGCGAGAAGUUGCGCCUGGGCCAGAAGUCGGUGCGCCCGGGCAUCGGCGCCACGGACCUGGCCAAGGAGCCGAAGCUCGAGCCGCGCAUCGCCGAGCUGCGCAAGUCGACGGCCAAGCUCUACUCUGCCGCCGACUCGGAGCUUGCGUCGUACGCGCGCAGCGGCUCGCUGCAGCUGCGCGGCGAGGGCGUGCGCCGCACGGUGGGCGAGGCCACGGACAACGUGCAGAACGUGGCACAGCAGCUCACUGAGGGUGCCGCGGCUGCCAUGCUUGGCGCUGCUGCCGCCGCUCGUGCUCGCCUCGGCCUCGCGCCGAGCGACCAGGGCAUCCUCGCUCGUGUCGCCUCGCAGGCGAGCAGUGCAGCCGGUGCUGCCACCUCGGGUGCAGCCAGUGCCGCAGGACAGGCGCGCUCGAGUGCGCGCAGCGCCGCGUCGGCUGCUGGCGUGUCCGUCUCACCGGAGGGCGCGCGCGAGCACAUUGAGAGCGCAUACGGCGCUGCGGCGUCGGGUGCUGGCAACGUGUACUCGUCCGUCGUAGCUGCCGUGCAGCCGAGCACCACCGGCGCAUUCCAGGCCGCGACAUCGAGCGUCGGAUCCGUCUACGAGAGCCUGGCGUCUGCUGCGUCGAGCGCCUCAUCGUCGUACCUCUCGGCAAGCACUACAGGCUAUUUCGAGGCCGCCACCUCCAGCGUCGGCUCGGUCUACGAGAGCGUGGCGUCCGCUGCAGCCGACGCGUCUUCGAGCUACCUGAAGCCGAGCACCACGGGGUACUUCGAGGCGGCAACGUCGAGCGUUGGGUCUAUCUACGAGGAGCUGGCCUCGUCCGCCGCCGAUGCUUCGUCUUCUUACCUCAAGCCCAGCACGACGGGCUACUUUGAGGCUGCGACGUCGAGUGUCGGCUCGGCCUACGAGUCUGCUGCCUCUGCCGCCUCGAGCCUCGCUGGCGCUGCCACGACGCCCGUCGCGCAGCGUGUGUACGACGCAGCGGGCAAUGUCUACUCCGACGCCAGUGCCAGUGCGGCCUCCGUCUACUCCGACGUCGCAGGUGGCAACGUGGGCAGCGCAGCCUCGUCUGCCCUGCGCCAGGCUACGCGCUCCGUCGCCUCCGCUGCGGGUUACUCGCCGUCGCCCGAGACGCCUGGCGAGUACCUCGAGGCCGGCCGUGAGCGUGUCGCAGAUGCCGCGCAGGCCGUCUACUCUGCUGUCGGCGGCGGAGCCUACGCCGACUCGAAGUUGCCCGGCCGUCACGCACCGCGGGAGGACUACAACCACAUCGGCAAGGCCGCUGCUGCUGGCGCGGCGAAGGUGGCCGACGCCGCGUCGCCGUACGCCGACAGUGCGGCAUCUGUGGCGCGCGAGGCCAGCCGCAGCGUGGCCUCGGCUGCCGGCGUGGACGUCGAGCCGACCAAUGCGGCCGAGUGGAUCUCGUCGGCUGCAUCACGUGCCACGGCGGCAGUCGCCGGCACGCAGGGUGGCGUGGUGAGCUCCGCUAGCUCGCUUGCUAGCUCGCUCAGCUCCGUGGCUGCCGCCUCGAUCAGCUCGGCCAGCAGCGUCGCGUCCGCCUCGGCCAGCUCGGUCAGCAAGGUCGCUGGCUCGUCUGCAAGCUCGGCCAGCAGCGUCGCAUCGGCCUCGUCGUCCUCGCUGGCCAAGGUCGCUGCCUCCUCGAUCAGCUCGGCCAGCAGCGUCGCGUCCGCCUCGUCUUCCUCGCUCGCGAAGGCCGCCGCAGCCUCGUACUCGUCGGCGUACAAGGCCGCAGCAUCCGCUGCCGGCAGCUCGCCGCUGUCCAGUGCCUCGAGCGCCGCCUCGAGCGCAUCCAAGCGCGCUGCCGCGUCCGCCUCUUCCGCUUCGAAGGAGGCGCAGUCGUCGCUCUCCUCGGCAUCAAAGGCAGCUGCAUCUGCCGUCGGCGACUCGCCGCUGUCGAGCGCGUCGAGCGCUGUCUCGGCUGCCGCUGCUGCGGUCGCAUCGAGCGCCUCGAGUCUCUCCUCGUCGUUCAGCUCGGCGACGCGCUCAGAGAAGGUCGCAGCGGGUAUCUCGGUGGAGCCCGAGGGCGCCGUGCAGAGCGUGUACAGCGCUGCGGCCGAGGCCGCGAGCAGCAUCAGCUCGUUCGUGCAGCCGGCAGCGGCCAGCACGGGCGUUGUGGACCAGGCCCGUAGCGCGGCCAGCUCCGUUGCCAGCCGCGUGCGCGAGGAGCUGUGA